GCCAAGUGUGUGUCGUAGAUCGGUGCACUGGUUUACCCUUGUGCGUUGAUUCGGCGUGGUUUUUCGUUCGCCUCGCCUCUUUCUUCCUUUUUUCUCUCUUUCCCACCUUUCGUCCCUUUUUUCUUUCGUGUACGUAGAAGAAAGUCAGUGUGUUAUAUGUUACAUGCGCGCGCAAGCCGCUCGUCGCGCAGCGGGUCGGACCAGUGGUGAAACACGACCAAGAAGAAAGAUAAAAACGCUGUGUGCUGUUGUGCGUGCGCGGAGUGUGCAAUAUUUUGAUUACAUCAGGGAUAAAAACACGACGAAAGCAAACACGAGGGGCAUCGUGAAGCUCACCGAGCACGUCGCGCGAGAUAUGGAUUGGGCGCUCAAGGCUCGCCGAACGUACAAAGCGAAUCGUUGCGUGAGCGGGGGCGGUGGCCGCGGAAACGGCGCGACUGGCGGCACUGGAGGCGGUCUAGGUAACGGAGGCAGCGGCCGCGGGAGCGGCGGGGGCGGUAGCCCCGGUAGGGGCGGCGGCGGAGGCGGCGUUGGAGGAGGCGGAGGUCGCGGCGGAGGAAUAGACGGUGGUGCGGUACCUGCUACGCCACCGACCAUCAGCCGUUACCACCACCGCUACCAUCAUCACCAUCACCACCAUCAUCGUAAUCACGACCACGUCACCACGACCACCACAGCGGACGCCACUACCAUCACCGGCGUCGCCUGGCACCUCAGGCACAAACUACCCCUCGGAAAGCAGUGCCUCGAACACCGUCUUCAACACCGGCAUCACCAUCGGUCCCCCUAUCGGGCCUUAAACAUGGGCCAAAAGGCUUCAGGCGGCAUAAAAAGCGUGACACGCGAGACUCCAGGCGGAACUGGUGGCGGAGGUGGCGUCGGUGGUGGCGGCAUCGUAACGUACAAACCCGUGGUACCAAGAGAGCUGGCGCAACACUUCGUGAGGCCGCCACGGCUCGAUGUCCUGCUCGACAUGCCACCCGCCUCGCGGGAGACGCAGAUUCAUCAUAGCUGGAACGCCAACGACCGUAGCCUCAACAUAUUCGUCAAGGAUGACGACAAGUUAACGUUUCACCGGCACCCCGUGGCCCAAAGCACAGAUUGUAUAAGGGGGAGGGUAGGAUACACGAAAGGUAUGCAUGUCUGGGAGCUGUUCUGGAGCACGAGGCAAAGAGGCACACACGCCGUAGUGGGCGUCGCGACGGCAGAGGCACCCCUUCACAGCGUUGGAUAUCAGAGCCUGGUCGGCAACAACGAACAAAGCUGGGGUUGGGAUCUCGGCAGGAACAAGCUUCUCCACGACUCGAAGAACAACGCCGGUAUCACGUACCCGACUCUUCUCAAGCACGACGAAACGUUCAUUGUUCCUGACAAAUUCCUCGUGGUCUUGGACAUGGACGAGGGUACGUUAGCAUUCGUCGUGGACGGCCAGUACCUUGGAGUCGCGUUUAAAGGCCUGAAAGGCAAGAAGCUGCACCCUAUCGUAUCCGCUGUUUGGGGACACUGCGAGAUCACGAUGAAAUACAUCGGUGGACUCGAUCCCGAACCUCUACCCCUGAUGGACCUCUGUCGAAGAGUGAUUCGGAAACGAAUCGGUAAGGACAAGAUAGAAGAGAAAGUGAACGCGCUGAGCCUGCCGUUAGCUGUGAAGACUUAUCUCCUGUAUCGUGACAGGAGGUAACUACCGAUUGCUAGCUCCGUAACCACUACUACCACGAUUACGACUGUGAACACCACUGCGCUAUUGAAUCGUUGCCACCACGACGCACAGGGGAACGCCUGCUACAACAUCGCAUGCCAGCGAGCACACCAGUCUAUAAGCCACAUGUACGAUCCAUGGUGUUUUUAUCUAUAUCAGGAUAAGUCGAGACGAGCACGAUCAUCCUUGUCGUCGUCAUCGUCUUCGUCGUCUUCGUCGUCAUCGUCGUCAUCGUCGUCAUCGUCGUCAUCGUUGUCGUCGUCGACGUCGUCGUCAUCGUCGUCGUCCUCUUCUUCGUCGUCAUCGUCGUCAUUGUCUUCAUCAUCCUCAUCAUCAUAAUCGUCGUUGUCAUUGUCGUUGUUAACUUGAUCGUUAUCGUCGUUGUCAUUCCCGAGCACGAUCGGACGACGUAACGUGGAGGAAAAAGGGAAAAUGAGACGCGCGGACGGGACACAUACGCGAGUCGUAUCGGGACUAGCGAAUUAUUUAGGUGAUAUUGUUGUCUUGUGUUAACGUCUAUACGAUUAAAAUCGUGACGGAGUCUUUAUUAAUUGUUACUAAUGAUAAUAAAAAAAAAAAAAAGAGAAAUGGCGCACGAUGCAGUUCGACAGCUUUUCGUGCACACGUCGUUCGGCGCUGUUGUAUUUUUUCUUUUUUUCUUUUUUUUUUCCUUUUUUUUUUUGUAAUCUUUUAAGUUUGUCGCGUUGUUAAAACGUUCUGCGUGUGACGAAGAAGAUGCAAGAUGAGAGAAAUCGAGGACCAGAUUAUACUCGGACAAGAACACACACGCGUGGCUCGGGUGAGAGAAGAAAUCGAUAAGAAAUGAUCACGAGGAAAAAGAAAAAAAAGAAAAAAAAACAGCUCUUCACACAGUUGGCCAGUAAAACGUUACACUUAGUCGAGUCUGAAGGCUGAUACGGAUAACGUUUCGAUUAUUAGUCAACAAUGGGUAGCGGGCUUGUUCUAGUCCGGCCACACUGCGCGAAUAAAAUACGAGGAGACAAUGGAGAAGAAACACGUGCACCUGUUUCACCCGAUUUGAACAAAGGAAAAACGACGAAGCUUCGAGAAGAAGACUUUAACCGCCCGAUUGCGGAACAAUUUGUUGUUCAUACGAACUGUCGAGGGAAAAAAAAACAAAAAAAAAAAACAAAAAAAAAAAAAAAAAAAAAAAAAAAAAAAAAAAAAAAAAAAAAAAUGUGUUUAUAGUGACAUGAGCCAGCCGAUCGAACAGCCACCUUCCAAUAGACUCAUUUUUCAAGUAUUUUCUAAGCAUGCUAGGUCUAAUGAAGUAUAGUGGUGUGCAUGAAUCGUGGAUGGACACGAAAGGAACGAAAGGGAACUUCAAAAAAAGUAUACAUAUAUAUAUAUGUGUGUGUGCGUGAAUAUAUACAUAUAUAUAUGUGUAUGAUCGAAUAAGUAACACGCCUCCGAUUUUCCGUGUAUUUUUGUUUUAUUUUGUUCUACGUUUAGUUAGAAAAUGCCCUGAAACAUACGUAUCGCAGCUAGAAAUAAUCUCCAAGCGACAUUUUAGCGAGACGCAACGGACAAAGAAGCUAAACCACGAAAUUUACGACGUACAUGAACGUCGCGGUCAUUUAACGAUGUUCGAACAGACCUCGUCGGAAAAAGCGAAUGACAAAAAUAAAUUACCUCGAUUAAGUUAAUUGAAGUAAUAAAAGCAAAGAAGAAAACGAAGAUUAGGUGUACGUAGUUAAACGUUUAGGGCAAGCAAACGAACACGGGCAUAUUAUGGCUGAGUAGAGAUUCCAAACACGAAUUAAAACUGUCUGCCGGAGUGUAAAGGGGGAAAGAGAGAGAGAGAGAGAGAGGGGGGCGAGAGCUGCCGCGACACCGAUGCGCGAGUGUUUAUGCGUGUGUUAUACGAUGCAAAUCAUGGCGACGAUCCAGAAUAUGAUCACGAUGAUGAUGAUGGUGAUGAAUGGAUAAUGAUGAUAGUAAAGCGAUUAUAUCGGGCGUGUUGCUACCUAUACUAUUAGCAUGACAAAUUAUGACUGGUCCCUAGUAACUCUUUAAUCUUACGUUUGUCGCUUAAGUUUAAUGAUAAUGUGCCGUUUAUCGGCGAUGUCGAUUUGUACAUAGGGUAUAAUUAUAAUAAUGAUAAUAAUAAUAAUAUCUAUCGGUACGACAAUGAAUGUAUUGUGGGUAGUGAUUGUAUCCAAGACCGUAAGGACGAACCGAAUGCGAGAGGGAGGGAAAAUUAAGCAGAACUCGAUCGCAUGCAGAAAACGCAGAGGCAAAACUUGUCGAUGAAAACAGCGCUCCAAUUUUUGUUCCGUUUUGGUCACGAGAGUACAACUUCCUUUUUCUUUCUUUUUCUUUUUUUUUUUUUCUAUUUUACUUUCCAGAGACGAAAGGAGGUUUCUUGCUGAUACCACGCAUUGUUGUUCAUUCUCAUCGAAAGCGAGUUCCCCCGCGGGGAGCUCGUUGUUACAAGAACGCGUCUUCCAGAUUGUCUGGCCGGACAUACAGUUGCACCUUUUAUACAAAAAGAAACAAAGAAAAAAAAAAAAAAAAAAAAAACAGAAAAAAAAAAGAAAAAAGAAAAGAGAAAAUACAAAAAGAGAGAAUCUAUUUCUUUUUCCUUUUUUUGAUCCGUUUUCGCGCUAAGAA